AUGCGUUCCUUCUUCACCUUGCACGUCCUAGCUGCAGUCGUUGCGGCUGCUCCCAGACCCCAAGAUAUCGACUUUGAUCUGGUCGAACAGGCCGCAGAUCCUGUUCUCAUCACUCCUGCGCUCGAUGUUGCUACGCAAGUGGCUACAGUAGCCGCUGUCACUGAGCAGGCUGCCGCAGCAUCUGGUGCGGUCUCGGCAGAGCCUGCUAUCAACAGUGCUUCUCCUGUCACUGAGCGCGAUCUCGUCGCGAGAGACUCGACUUGCGCAAAGCAGAAAGCAGGAAGAGGACCUGUCGCCAGCCCUGAUACGCCAGAGGCCUUUUUGGUGCUUGAUCACUUGUCCAAGAUUCUGAGUACAACCGUGGCUACUCCUUAUGGCUACUCUCAAGUGUUCGCCAACCAGAAGGCUUCUCUCAGCGCUAGUGUAUACAUGGGCCUGCACACCUUGGACAGCUACGAUGUUCCUGGAUGCCAGUCCAUCUGUGAUCAGAACCCUGGAUGUGUUGCAUUCAACAUGUACGCAGAGCGUGACCCUACUCUGGAACCAAACUCGACCAAGUGUCCUAAUCCAGCCAGCACAACCAACUACAAGGUAUUGCACUAUCUGGGGGCACCUGUCUCUGUCGAACAGGCAAACAACUUCGGUCAAUGGCGUGCUUCAUUCAACGUAGUUAUUGCAGCAUCGAAUGCAUACAACAAGGAUGCCCCACCGCCUUCUGUCGCUGGUUUCACCGACCCAGUCGGCCUAGGCGGUGCCAUUAACGCCCCACUGGACUCGAAUCACAAGGACACCUUCAUGGGCAGCAAGUUCUUCCCUUUUUCGCAGGACCAGGGCUUUACCCUCGAGUCUUGUACCAGCGCUUGCACAGCACAGACGGCUUACAACAAAGCACAUCCUAACAAGGAUGGUAGCUUCAAGACCUGCGCUUUCGUGAACGGUUAUGUCUUGUCCAGAGCUGGUGUUCCUCAGGGUCUUUACUGCUCCAUAUACACCGUCAGCAACAGCUACGCAUAUUCAGUCGUCACUCGUCCCGAGAUCCCUGCCGGAGUCUACUGCCCCCAAGGGCGCUCGGAAGCCCACAAGUCGUGCGGAAGAUACUCUCUGCUCUUUGCAUCUGUCACUGCCAUCUCAUCCAUCUUUGCCACAUCUGGCGAUGUCACAACCUGCGCAUUGGAUUGUCUAGCCAACCCUGAUUGUCUUGCUUGGUCCACAAAUGACAACAAGUUGUCGUGGCAGUACAACGAGAACAUCCCCGUCAAGCAAGGCCACUGCCAGUCCUACACACAGCGCGUGGCUGACAUCAUCAACGAGUACGACCACAAGGAGUGGAACUUCUACGACGAUGAUUCUUACGCUACAUUGUUCGAUUAUGAUUGCUUCGAUGCUCAAGGCAAUGGCUGCGGCGAAGGACUCAGAAGUCGCUUGACAGGGACUGGUUUCCAAGAUUUUGAGAACGACGUACAGCAGGGUUUCAUGCAGAUCGAGGUUGACGACAUUGAUCGAUGGGGUGUGGAAGGCAUUGCUGAGAGAAUCAUUGCCAGGGUCGGUACAGAGAUCCCGGUAUAUCUCAGCAUCGACAUUGACGUUCUGGACGUGGCGUUUGCACCAGCAACAGGCACGCCUGAGGCAGGUGGCUGGUCUACCAGAGAGCUAAUCAGGAUAUUGAGAGGCAUUGAAGGAUUAAAUGUCGUUGGUGCGGACAUUGUCGAAGUUGCACCAGCUUAUGAUGGUGCUGGAGAACCCACGUCUGUCGCGGCUGCACAGAUCGUUUACGAGGUUGUGACGAGUAUGGUGAAGAGAGGGCUAGCAGUUAGCAAUGACAGCAAAGCAGACAAGCAUCUCCUCAGAGAUGAGCUUUGA